AAGGAGCCAGAGACUGUGGGGAUGUUGCCGGUGACCAUGGAAAUGGAGCCACUGACUGUGGCAAAGGAGCCGGUGGAUGGGCUGUGGGAUCUGGAGGGGCCCCACAGGCCUCGCCGGGAGAGGAAUCUGGUGCUGGUGUCAGGCCAGGAGCAGGCAGUGCUGAGGAAGAACCUGGCCACCGCCCAGAGGAAAGCUCAAGAGAAGCAACUGCGGGACAGGGAGAGGCAGACACUGCGGGUCCAGGAGCAGUUGUGCAGAGCUCAGAGCCGGUCAUGUGCCGAGUGGCCGGAAGAACAGAUUCUCCAACACCACCCGAUGAGCAGCAGCAGCCGAUCCGCGGGGGACGCGGGGCGAGUAUUAGUGAGGGAGAGGCUGGAGCUCCUGCAGCACGAGAGGAGGAUUACUCUGAAAUCCCGAGGCCAGAGGAACACCGACUGGUUCCGGCAGCUGUGUGGAGCAGUGGGGGGCAGUGAGGAGCCACGUCAGACCCCAGGGGCAACGACACAGCGCAACAGCAGCGAGAUCUCAAGCACCUCACAAUAUUGAACCCCCCCCAACCCCGGGUUGUGUUUAUACGUCAGGGUUAUACCUGGGGUGUUUGGUUUAUACCCAUACCCGGAGUGUGUGCUUUAUACCCGGGGCUGUGGUUUAUACCUGGGGUGUGGUUUAUACCCGGAGGGGCCGACACCAUCAGCAUCCAAGGCUGCACUC